GGCGUUGCGGCGUUCUGUCUGGAAUAUUCAAGUGCAUGUUGGCGGUCAUAGUUGGCAUGGCUGAGAUCUUCAAGAGUGGCACAGUACGAAGAAGUGGUUGUUUGGUUGCUUUUAUGAACAUACAAGCAUGUGUUCACUUGGGAGACAGAAUUUUGAAUAUAACUGAAGGUCAAUUUGGACUAAGCUGCGGUAUACCAGUUAUUGGAACGGUGGCGCAACAUAACUAAGCGUCAAGAUGAAGAAGGCGAACAACAAGUCCCAAACGUACGCCUCCAGCCAGGAAGACAGCGAGAACGACAGCGACCAGACCGAAUGUAGUAUCGGCAGCAAUUCAACCGCUGGCACUCAUCGCAGUGAUACGCCCACACGCAGCGCCCGUUACCGCCGGAAGGGUCGUCGCAGGAGCAAAACGGCCACCAAGUACAAGCCCUCCACGGACAAGCCGCUGUAUAAGUAUUGUUGCAACGUGAAGGAGGAUCACGGGCAACCGUUGUUCGGAGUGCAAUUUAACCAUCACUUGAAGGAGGGUGAGCCGUUGAUAUUCGCCUGCGUGGGCAGUAACCGCGUGAGCAUUUACGAGUGCCCGGAGGGCGGAAACAUACGACUGCGACAAUGUUACGCUGACCCCGACGCGGAAGAGAACUUCUACACGUGUACAUGGACGUACGAUGAUACGGGGAAGCCGCUGUUGGCUGUGGCGGGCUCCCGCGGCGUUAUUCGCAUCAUCAGCCCCGUGACGAUGACCUGCAUCAAGCACUACAUUGGUCACGGGCACGCGAUCAACGAGCUGAAGAUUCACCCGUGCGACCCGAAUAUACUGUUAUCCGCGUCCAAGGACCACGCUCUCCGGCUGUGGAACAUCAAGACGGAUGUGUGCAUCGCGAUUUUCGGCGGCGUGGAGGGCCACCGGGACGAAGUGCUGAGCGCCGAUUUCGACAUGCGAGGCAUGCGAAUUAUCUCGUGCGGCAUGGAUCAUGCACUGAAGCUCUGGUCUCUGGACAGGGCGGACAUGCAGGAGGCGAUCAAGCAGUCGUACUACUGCAACCCCAGCCGCAAUGGCAGACCCUUCGACUCGAUUCUCCAACACUUCCCCGACUUUACCACGCGCGACGUCCACCGCAAUUACGUCGACUGCGUCAAGUGGUACGGCGACUUCAUCUUGAGCAAGUCCUGCGAGAAUUGCAUCGUUUGCUGGAAACCGGGCAGGCUCGAGGACUCGCAGCUGCGUAAUGGCGAGACCAGUGCGACGAUGUUGCAUCGUUUCGAAUUCAAGGAAUGCGACAUCUGGUUCAUUCGCUUCUCCAUGGACUUUUGGCAGCGAACGAUAGCUCUAGGGAAUCAGGUCGGCCGUACUUACGUCUGGGACUUGGACGUGGACGAGCCUGGCCAAGCGCGCUGCUGCUCCCUCCAGCAUCCACGUUGCACCGCACCCAUACGCCAGACCAGUUUGAGCCGGGACGGUUCUGUAUUAUUGUGCGUGUGCGACGACGCGACCAUUUGGAGGUGGAAUCGUGAUCACUGACAUUUAAAUAUUGAAAUUUAAUACAUUAAAAUUGAGCUUCUAGUAGAAAACUAACGAGACCAACUGACAAAUGCGAGCAUUAAGAAAUGUACAUAUAUAUAUUUAGACGUAAUAUAUAUUACGUCUAACUUUAAAUAAUCUAUGUUUGCGCGCAAUUUAGUAUGUAAGCUCACUCUGAACGGCCUACUGUUAUUCAAACAGGUGAUAUUUCAUACGUAUUUAUCGACAAUUGUCAGUAAACGUAUGCAGAAUAGCACCCUAGUUUGAAGCUGUGAAACAAUUUAUGGAAAUCAAUGUGGCUAUCAAUGUUUUUUAAUGUGCAAGCGAAUAAGGUACAAAAUUGUUCUUUAUAUCUUUUUUAUAAUUACAAAUGACGAAUAAACUGUAUUUAAUUCAAUCCUGCAAUUUCUGCGCCGGAUGUAACAUAGAACCUACUUUUAAAAUUUUAAUUAAAAUUUCUAUUUUAAAUUUAAAGCAGUCUACUUUCUCAUUGGAUAUUGUUAUGAGCUUUUUAAUUUCGGAUUAUACAGAGUGGAUCCCACCAAACUCGAGCAUCUGAAAUAUCUCGUUUGUUUUUAGGACAGGAAAAAAUAUCAGAGGAUAAUAUAUACAUAAAUAUAAUAGUUGGUUCAGAGAAGCAAAUAUUACGAUAGACGAACAAUUUUUUUCAGACAUAUAUUUCGAGAUUUCAAAAUCAUCGAAGUUUUUUUUAAAUGAAACGACAUAUUUUUAUCAUGAUUACAUGAUAGCCGAAGUCAAGACGAAUCCAAUGACAUAUGACACCAUGAUUUUCACGUGAUCUGGAGUGUGAGAAAUUCAUACAAGUUAAGGGGGUCAUCCUGUGUGACGACCGUUUUUUUAAGGUGUUUUUAGCAUUUUUUUGCGGCGAAAUGAAAAAAUACAGAGCUUCCAAAUUGUUACUACAUAUUUAUUACAUCUUAAACUAUAUGUGUAAAUUUUUUUAUUUAAAAAUAUGGCGUCGAUGGCGAGUUACAUCACUGGAAUGGCACCCAUGUAAAAAAAAAGCAGAUAAACGGUGCCCACGAUUCCGGCAGACUGGUUUAUCGGAAAUCAAAAAAUCAAAUUGCAUUUUAAUCUAUAGGUGAAUGGCUAUCGUGAGAACUAGAAUUUUUUGAAAAUAUUAAAAAUUCAAUUUUUCGCAUGCUUUUAAAAGUUAUAACUCAAAAUAGCAUGAUUUUUUGCGACUAUUUUUUUAUGCGGACAGAAAACGGUUCAAUAUUUUUUAAAAAUUCUAGUUCGCACGAUAGCCACACAUAUACUGAAUCUACCAUUAAAAUUUUAUUUAAAUUCAUUGAACCGUUUUCGAAAAAUCAUGGGCACCAGUUAAAAAAUCCUUUGCCAGUAUAUUCUAUGCAUGCUCUAGAUUAGAUUUAUGCAAAAAAA